UUAAAACGGGCUUUGUGAAUUUACAUAUGAUUUUGAGCGUUUUUAUUUUGGAUUUUGUGUGUCGGUGGGGUAGGAAUCUGCAAUGCGGCUCGAUUUGCGAACAUGGCCGCUUGGGGAUCGCUGAGUUAUUUAGGUUAGAAUAGGCACCGCAAGUAGAAAUAAGUACUUUUAAGCCCGUGUAAUGUGAUAUUAGUAAAUAGUGAUUAUCAAAGCCGAAUCAGUUAACAGUUUCCGUCAGGAUGAGUCAAGAAAUCAACGGUGCAAAAGAAGAGAAAGCCUAUUUCUUGUCGGUGCUUUCCACCUUUGAGAGUUACAGAGAGCAGUCUUUGCUGCGAAUCGACCACAAGCAGAAAUGCCUCUGCACGCUUCCUCCAUAUCACAAAAAAUGGCUCACGAAGUACAAGGAAGACUUGGAGGCGUUCAAGGAAUGCAUUGAAAAAAAUUCUAAAUUUAUCCCUAUCGUGCUCCAGCAUGCCCACACGAUUUUUGAUAAUGUCUACAGUAACGACGGCUCCUCGCAUUCUGAAAUUAAAGUCGGGACUCUGGCCGAAGGGCUGGACAAGGUCCAGUCGGUUUUCAAGCAGUUGAUGCGGGAUUGGAGCGCUUUGGGGGCUGCCGAAAGGGCCCAGUGCUACCAACCGAUCAUUGACGAAAUUAUUCUGCAGUUUCCUGAAGACAAGUUUGUCAGGUCAAAUAUCAAUGUUUUGGUGCCCGGGGCCGGGUUAGGUCGACUGGCUUUUGAAAUUGCAACAAGGGGGUUUGCCUGCCAAGGCAAUGAAUUUAAUUUGUUUAUGCUAAUUGUCUCGUACUACGUCCUAAACCAUUGCAAAGAGGUUGAUGAAUACACUAUUUACCCAUGGAUACAUCAGUAUUGUAAUAACUUGAAUGCCAAGCAUCAAAUGACAAGCGUUAGGUUUCCCGAUGUUAAGCCAAUGCCAACUCCUGAGAGUAAAUUUUCAAUGACUGCUGGCGACUUUUUGGAGGUUUACACAGAUCCCGACAUCUGGCAUUGCGUCGCAACUUGUUUUUUUAUUGAUUGUGCUCCAAAUGUUGUCCAAUUCAUUGAGACCAUCUAUCAUAUUUUGAAGCCAGGUGGCGUUUGGAUCAAUUUGGGGCCUUUGUUGUAUCACUAUUCCGAUGUAAAAAAUGAGAAAAGUGUUGAACCGAGCUUUGAAGUUGUGUGUGAAGUCAUCAAAAAUAUAGGUUUCGAAAUGGAAAAGUGCAAAACUGGCGUUAAAACAAAGUACUGCCAGAACCCCAGAUCCAUGCUCCAGUAUGAGUACGAUAGCGUUUACUUUGUUUGUCGGAAACCUAUCAAAAUUACCAACGGUAACAACGGAACUGUGGAUGAGUAAAUUGUUGUAGUUAAAUGACUGAAUUCAAGUACAAUAUUGAUUAACUGGAAAUUAUAUGUAAAUCUACGAUGUUAUUUUUGAAAUGUUUCUAGAUCGGCGUUUAGUUGCAGUGUUGUAAACAUCCCAGAUCUGAUAUAAUUUUUUCGUAGGAACAUCCAGUACAAAUGUUCAACUUUCAAUUGUAUUAAUUCAUUUCUCGUUUAGUUUAUUUUUUCUAUUGAAUCGAAUUUAAGUUUCACUAUGUGUUGUUUAGCAUUUAAUAAAUAAUUGACCCCACUUUCCCUGAAUAAAAGACAUUUGGCGGGAA